UCUCCAUCAGGUGCAUCCCGUACAGGAUCUGCACGUUGACCGGACCCACUGUGAUCAACGUCGACGGCGACGUCACCUCUGUGGAGGAUCGCUGCACGUACACUCUGAUGUCAGAUGGAGUUGAAUUCUCAGAAUUUGAAGUUCUGGCCAGCUACAAGGACCGACGUCUCGCAGAUGUGAGCUUUCUGGACAGUGUGACACUGAAAAACAAUGGUGUUGAGGUUCUCCUGGAACAAGGUGGGACAGUCAAGGUGGACGAUGUGGUGACGUCUCUCAGCAGCCCUUUCUCGGUUAAUAGUGGGUUUGAUCUCCGCAAGACCCAAGCUGGAGUCUUUGCCAAACUGAAACUGAACGAUUCGGUAGAAGUGACUCUGUUCUUUGAUGGAAACACUGCGCAGCUGCAAACUACAGGAGGAGAUUAUCAUCCACCAGGUGGUUUGUGUGGAGACGACGACAAAGCAUCUUCAACCAACAAGACCGAGGGCAGCAGCUGUCAUAUUAUGGCCAAAAGAUCCAAUGACCCGACAGACAACUGUGAGGAGAUGAAGGAACGCUGCGACAUCCUGACGAAGGAACCCUUCACCUCCUGUAACGCCGCCGUCACCCCAGACCCCUACAUAGCUGCCUGCAAGGAAACCAUGUGUUACUAUCCUGAUGAGGACGGCGUCAUGUGUCAGUACCUGGAGGCCUACGCCAGAGCCUGCAGCCUGGCUGAGAUCGAACUGGGGGAAUGGAGGUCCGACAAGCAGUGCUCUACGCCUCAGAUCUCUUGUGAAGACAAUCCCUGCAGUGAUCAUGAGUUCUGUGGACUGGUCAGCGGUAUCCCCACCUGCCUCUGUAGAAGCAUUUUUGCCUCCAAAUACAGACAAUCAAGCAACAAACUGGGUGAUGCGACGAUCUGCACAGGUGAAUCUGCUUCACUCACUCUGGUGGGUUGUCUCCUGGCGGAGAAAGGUCUCGACUACUCCGUCUUUCACCUCAACAACCCGGAGUGCACUGGUGACAUGGACGAGGACAGCCACAUGGUGACCUUCAGCUUCGACAACGACAACUGCGGGACGGAGGUGGAGAAAGAAGAAGGCAAAGUGUCGUACAAGAACACCAUCCAAUCCACGUCCAGCUCCUCCUCCAAUGUCAUCACUCGCCACAACGAGGUCAAUAUUGACUUCUCCUGCGUCCACGUUGAACCAGACGUCAAGACUAUGAGCUUCACAAUCAAGGACAGCUCCGUCUCCCAGGAGGUCACAUCCGGUACUUUUAGUUACAAGGUGACGAUGAACGCCUACACGGACGCUGACCACACACAAGCUGUGGACUCCGAGGUGCUGCUGGACCAGACGAUCUGGGUGAAGCUGACGAGCGACGGGCUGGAUGAAAACUUGGUCGUCAUGGAGAUCGACUCCUGCUGGGCCACCGGCCAGGAAGAGUCCGACAGUGACGUGAAAUACGACCUGAUCAAGGAUGGCUGUGCAAACAAAGCCGACAAGACGGUGCAGGUGGAGGGAAACGGAGAAGGAACCUCCAGCUCUUUCUCUUUCAGCAUGUUUGAGUUCACGGCCAGCUCCACUGACGUCUACCUGCACUGCCAAAUCCACCUGUGCGUCAAAGACGACACCGACAGCGACAAAUGCCUGCCGGAUUGUUCUGAGAAAGAUGAUAAGAAAAGAAAGCGCAGAUCUGCCUUGUCCAGAUCCAGAUACGGCAGGUCAGCUGGCAGAGCUGUGGCUCCCGCCUUCAUCAGCAUGGCAUGGACUAAAUAGGUGGUUACCACGGUGAUACGGACUGACUGACAGGCUGCCGACCCCCGUCUGGAUCCCCGACUCGUGUCUGGUCCUGAUCCUGAUCACGGACGUGUGAAAGGAAGAGCUCAGAUCCUGCUGCUGCCGUGAAGUUUUGUUAACUCGUAAAGCAACAAAAAGCAGCAACGAAAGACACAGAAUUAUGAGAACAGGACCAAACUGUCAUCAGACACAUGUCACAGACCCUCUUUUAUCUCUUUUAGUCGUAAUUGGUGAAGGGAAGUGUGUUACAUUUGAUUUAAACCAAAUCUACAUUCUAACAUCCAGGUAGAAUCAGAUAUUAAUCAGAUAUGAGAUUGAUUAUCAUGUCCUAUUAACCAAUACCUUCAUAUUAAUCAGCUUUUAGAAAGGGGUUGUUCAGGGUGAAACUAUUAAAAAGGGUAGUAAUACAAGUUCUUCUUACUUUUAGGACACUUUAAAGUAAACACAGACCAGUUCAUUAUAGUCUAAUUAAGAAACAGAUAUUAAUCUGAUAUGAGAUUGAUUAUCAUAUCUUAUUAAUCAAUACCUUCAUAUUAAUCAGCUUUUAGAAAGGUGUUGUUCAGGGUGAAACUAUUAAAAAGGGUAGUAAAAGAAGUUCUUCCAAGUUUUAAGACACUUUACAGUAAACACAGACCAGUUCAUUAUAGUCUAAUUAAGUACAGAUCAAUUCAUUCCAACAGACUGAACCACAAACUGUAGAAGUGAGUGUUCUGAUGUCCAGGGACAGAGAUACUCGCUGCAUGAACCGCAAAACUGUCAGCUUCUUAAGGUGGACAGACUUUUAGACCAGAAAGAUUUAGUGGGGUGUCGUCUGCAUAAAAGGACAUUCAUCAUUUGUGACAUACAUUUUCUGCUCAGCAAGACUUUAAUCUGCAGCCGUGCAGCGAUCAUUGAAUGAUUCAUCUGGAACACAAGUUCAGUCCUUCUUCUCAGAAAGAUUCUCAGAGAAACUUCAAGGUGCUUUUUUAGCAGUAGUUUACAUAUUCUGGUGUUUUGAAACAGGAGCCUCUGUUACAGUUCAGUUGAAGCUGAAACAUGUCACUGUUUCUUCACGCUUUUACUUUUCUUUAUCAUUUUUAUUGUUUGUUCUGUAUCCAAAGACCAAAAAAAGAAAUAAAAAGGUGGUGGUAAAAUUCAAA